AUGCAGCCCUCAUCAUUUAAUAGUUCGCCUCGUCGAGCUAAUCCUUUCAAUCGACACUCACCCUCGCCAUCACCAAGUCCUCAGGUGUCAACAAUUAGGCCAAAGUCCGCCGUGUUCCCCACGACGUUUGGAGAGUCGGAGAAGAAGCCGCAUACGCGGAACUCGUCAUUGUCACACUUCUCAGCAGUUGCUCUGGAGUCAGAAAAUCGGCCACGUUCGAGUUCUUUAAGGCAUUCUGUUCACGCGUCCGGAACAUUUGCUCCUCAGUUCAUCAAAACGGAGGAACUGCAACGAGGUGCCAACUCGAUUCAUAAUUUGGAAGGAGACAACGAUUUUUCUGGAAAACGAUAUGUUUGGCUGAAAGAUGCUGAAAAGGCCUUCAUUCGAGGAGAGGUCCUCGAAGACCGACAGGACGGAAACUUGUUGGUGCAAUGUGACGACGGCAGCCAACGAGAAGUCAGUUCGGAAAAUGCAGAUAAAGUGAACCCGGCAAAAUUCGAUAAAGCCGACGACAUGGCUGAAUUGACCCAUCUCAACGAGGCUUCUGUGGUGCACAAUUUGCACAUGCGGUAUCAAGCCGAUCUCAUAUAUACAUAUUCCGGCCUUUUCUUAGUUACCAUCAACCCAUAUUGUCCCCUCCCAAUUUACACAAACGAAUACGUGAGGAUGUACAAGGGCCAGAGCCGGGAAGAUACGCGGCCACAUAUAUUUGCCAUGGCAGAUCAAGCGUUUCGAAACCUCGUAGAAGAAGGCGAGAAUCAAAGUAUACUUGUGACUGGAGAGUCGGGCGCCGGAAAAACCGAAAACACCAAAAAGGUCAUUCAGUACUUGGCAGCAGUAGCUACUCCUGAGUCCUCCGGAUCACGAUCUACUGGGAAACAUUUCUCCAACUUGUCGCAACAGAUACUUCGCGCCAACCCAAUAUUAGAAGCCUUCGGAAAUGCCCAGACAGUGAGGAAUAAUAACUCCUCGAGAUUCGGAAAAUUCAUUCGAAUCGAGUUCACUCGCUCUGGACAAAUAUCUGGGGCUUAUAUCGAUUGGUAUCUUCUCGAAAAAUCGAGGGUGGUCAAACCCGGAACCAGGGAACGCAAUUACCAUGUCUUUUACCAGCUCUUGCAAGGCUGUGACAAGAGUUUGAGGAACAAGCUUCUUCUUGGAGACAUGCAAAUUGAAGAUUUUGCGUAUACAAGAGACGGUAACGACUCUAUUGCUGGGGUAUCUGAUGUCGAGGAAUGGAAAGCACUUAUGGAGGCGUUCCAAAUAAUGAACUUUUCCGAAAAUGAUCGCAUGUGUAUCUUGCGUACCAUCGCCGCUGUACUGCAUCUCGGGAAUAUCACGGUCACAAAAGAGCGAAUCCGUGGUGAUCAAGCUGCUCUAACACCGGAAGCCUUUGACAGCGUCCAAAAAGCAUGCCAACUUCUCGGUGUCGACACCGAUUCGUUCGUCAAAGGGCUGUUACACCCUAGAGUCAAGGCUGGCAGAGAGUGGGUCGAGAAAGUCCAAACUCCAGAACAAGUAAGAUUGGCACUUGAUGCUUUGGCUAAAGGUAUAUAUGAGAGGGGCUUUGGCGAUCUCGUGAAUCGUAUCAACAACCAGCUAGACAUGAGUAGCUCUGCUAGCGACGAUACAUUCUUUAUUGGCGUACUGGAUAUUGCUGGUUUCGAGAUUUUCGAGAGCAACAGCUUUGAGCAACUCUGCAUCAACUACACCAAUGAGAAACUUCAGCAAUUCUUCAAUCACCACAUGUUUGUUCUUGAGCAAGAAGAAUAUGCUAGGGAGCAGAUCGAAUGGCAAUUCAUCGACUUCGGCAAAGAUCUACAGCCGACUAUUGACCUGAUCGAAUUGACGAACCCAAUUGGCAUUUUCUCUUGUCUAGACGAAGAUUGCGUAAUGCCAAAGGCUACUGAUAAGACUUUCACGGAGAAGUUGCAUUCACUCUGGGAUCGGAAUUCGCCCAAAUACCGCGCUUCCCGACUCAGUCAAGGAUUUGUUCUCACGCAUUAUGCGGCUGAAGUUGAAUAUACGACUGAAGGUUGGCUUGAGAAGAACAAAGAUCCUUUGAAUGACAACAUAACGCGCUUGCUAUCCGGCUCGACCGACAAACACAUUUGCAAUCUGUUUUCGGACUAUGUGGACACCGAUGAUGAACAAGGCUUUUCCCGAAGCCGGGUCAAGAAAGGGUUAUUCCGUACGGUGGCACAAAGGCAUAAAGAUCAAUUGUCAAGCCUGAUGAAUCAGCUUCAUUCGACCCAUCCGCAUUUCGUUCGUUGCAUCCUCCCCAAUCAUAAGAAGAAGCCCAAACAAUUCAACGGUCCUCUUGUCUUGGACCAAUUACGAUGUAAUGGUGUUCUAGAAGGUAUCCGGAUUGCUCGAACUGGCUUUCCAAACCGUCUUUCUUUCAACGAAUUUCGACAGCGCUAUGAAGUCCUCUGCCGUGAUAUGCCCAAGGGCUAUCUCGAAGGACAAAGUGCGGCGCAUAUCAUGUUAAAUAAACUCAAUCUGGACAAGGCAUGGUAUCGCGUUGGAUUGACAAAAGUCUUUUUCAGAGCUGGAGUGCUCGCAGAACUGGAAGAGAAGAGGGAUGCUCUUAUUCGGGAAAUUAUGACCUUAUUCCAGUCCGCGGCUAGAGGUUUUGUCCAGAGGCGUAUUGCGAAUAAGAGACUGUACAGGGCCGAGGCAACUCGUAUCAUCCAGAAAAACUUUCACGUCUACUUAUCUAUGCAAGCAAAUCCUUGGUGGCGACUGUUCACUGGGAUGAAGCCACUUCUUGGAGCUACUCGAACUGCCGCCGAGGUUAAGAAAAGGGACGAAAAGAUUUCAGCACUCGAAGCCAAGGCGCAGCAGGACCUGCAAGACCGCCACAAGUUAGAGGAAGAAAGGCGACGAGCAGAGUUGGAAAUCAAUCGCGUCAAGAAGACUCUGGAGAGCGAACGUGCUCUUGCACUAGAUAAGGAAGAGAUCUUCAAGCGCCUCCAAAUCAGAGAGGUAGAGCUCAGUGAGAAAUUGGCAGAAGCUAUUGCCGACCAAGAGAACCUCGAGGGGCAACUUGAUGAACUUAUCGAGGCCAAGAGAAAGGCCGAGGAACAGCUUGAUGCAAGGAAAAUCCAAUUAGAGCAAGCCGGACAAAUCAUCAUGAAAUUGGAGGCCGACAAAAAACAACUUCAGGAGAGACUAUCCACGAUGGAUUCUACACUAAAGGAGAUGGAGAACACACAUUCCAAGAGAGACUCCCAAGUGCAGGACUUGACGCAGGAAAUGAAGAUGUUGCAAAGCCAACUCAACUUGAAGGAGAGGAAGCUACAAGAUCUUGAGACCAAGCUGUUGAAGUCCGAUCAGAAUCUCGAUGUGAAACUAGCAAAGACCUCCAAGGAACUUGAAGCAUCCCGGAUCCAAGUCAAAAAUCUUUUUGAUGAGAAUAAAGCCAUCAGGCAAGAGAUUGCCGAGCUCUCCAAGACAUCCACUGGCUACGAGGAUUUGAUUAGGCGCAAGGAAGGCGAACUCGUCGUGCUUCGUAACGAUGCGAAAAGACACGAAGAGGCCAAGAAAAGUCUUGAAGUAGAGAGACAAUCUCUCGGAGAUCGACAUGACAAUAUGCAAAAACGCCUGCGAGAUCUUCAGGCUGAAAUGGAUGCAACAAAAUCAGAGAAGCUUACUUUAGAGCGCGAGGCUGCAGAUGUUAAGAAAAUGCUUGAGGCCAAGAUGACCGAGGAUGCCGAAGCUGGCCACAGCAGAAGACUCCUUGAACAACAGGUACAGGACUUGAAGGCUCAGCUCUUCCAGUUGCAAGCAGAUCUCAGCCGCGAGAGGCAAUCGCGAGAUGAUGUUCAAAUGCUAGGAGAACACAAGCUAGCCGAGCUGAAGGGCAAAUACGAAAACUUGAACGAAGCGAAAAUCACUAUAGAAAAGGAAAUGUAUAUCCAACAAGAUACAUUACGUCGCGCCACAGAGGCUCGUAUCACUGCUGAACAAGCCCGCAAAGACCUACAAGCCGAACUUAUCAGGCUACGCGAACGCUUUGCCAACGCCGAAAAAGCACGAUUAGAUGCGGAGAGUCAUGUUGAGCGGAAUUUGAUAAAGCAAGCCAACGAGAAGCAAGCGGCUCUUCGCGAUGAACUCGAUGCAGUCUCUAGACAGAUGCAGGAAGCGGAAGGGGAUAAAUCUCGUUUAUCUGUUCAAGUACAGGAGCUUACACAGAUGCUUGCGGAUUCUGAGACCUUCCGUGAACGUCACGAUCAACAGAAGGAGCGCCUAGAACGCGAGCUUGUUACUGUCAAGGGAAGGCUUACUGCGUCUGAAAAUGACAAUCGCGCCCUUCUCAAUAAGAUUCAGCAGAAGAACCUAGAGAUCUCUCGUUCAAAUUCAAAGGCUAGCGAUAGUCAACGAUCCCGGAUUGUACAGCUGCAAAACGAGAAAGCAAAGUUGGAAGAGGAGCAAAAGAAGGUGCAGCGUCAGUUGGGCGAUGCGCAAGUUACUAUUACCUCUCUUGAAAAGCAGAAAGAGAAAUUGGCUUUGACUGUAGAGGACUUGAAUCAUGAAGUUGCCCGGGAGCACAAGGCUAGUCGCAAAGCCGACGCAGCUUCGUCUACUGUUACUCUCCAACUAGCAGAAGCAAACAGAAAUCUCGAAACAGAAAGACAAAUGCGAAACCAGGCACAAGCCAAUACUCGUCAGCUUCAAGCAGCCCUUGAUCAAGCUCACAAAGAAAUUGAAGGUUGUCAUCAGCAGUUGAUGCUUCUGCACAAAGUCUUUGAUCCUGAAACCAACGAAUCCAACGAGAGCCCCAAGUCUUGGGAGGCUAUUCAGCCUGAUCUCUCUAAGAAAGUGGACCUUGCUCAGCUUCUUGAAUUGGCUCAUAGCGACUUGCGCGUUGCCGAAGAAAGAUACAGCAGGGCAGAAAGUCAAUUGGCUGAGAUGCGUCAACGUCAUGAAGGGGAGAUGAAGGAGAUGGAUGCUCGCUUCAGCUCUUCAAAGAGAGCUCUACUAGAGGAAAUAGAUAAUAACCAGGUUGCCGCUCCUCGAUCACCGACCCACAUUCGAAAGAAUUCGGAGAGUGCAAAGAGAUUUUCCAAUCCUUCCACUCCUAAUCGGCGAUUCAAUCUCAAUGAAGUCAAUCAAGACUCUGGUCGAUCAGAUCGUACAGUCGACACUACAACUUUCCAGAAGCGGAUGGACAUGGCGACCGAGCUUGAAGAGUUACAAAACAAAUUGCAGAUGACGGAAAUGCAAAAUAGACACCUGCAAAAUCAGCUUGAGCUUACUACCCCUAAUCGCGACAUGUGGCAAGAUGAUAGCCCAUCAAUCCGCCGUGUCCAAUUGCUGGAACGUGAAAAUGGCAGGCUACAUGAAAAAUUGGAUGAUUCGGCCAAGAAAGUUUCUGCUCUCGAGCGCAUGAUUCAAACGGGAGAAUUAUCCUUGCGAGAUGUACAAGCUAAGUCUCAUGAGGAGCUCUUUGAUCUACUCAAUUCCCAGGAGCAGUCGAGGAAGUCGCUUCUCAACGUAAACAAAAGUGCAAUGGCAGAACUUACUGAUGCCAAGUCUCAGUUUGACAAAUUAAAGAGAAGCAAGGCUGCUCUAGAAGUCGAGCUGAGAGAUGCUCGCUCUGAUCUUCAGGACUCCGAAUACUCAAGAGAACAGGAUGCUGCUAGUCGAAACCAGCUAUUGCAGGAAUUCUCUGAUCUACAAAUUCGUCUCGAUGCCGAGGAGUCGAAAGUCAUAGAUUUGACGUCUAGCCUCAGUCUAUACAAGAGUCGUGCCGAUGAGUACUUCAGCAAGCUUGAACAAGCGGAGAUCGCGGUACUCAAAGCUGCUCGAGCCGAACAAUUUGCUAAAUCGCAAGCCAAGGAAGCAGAAGAUACCUGUGCGACAAUCAUGGCCGAUCGUCAGCGCAUGGACUCGCUUGUCGAAGAUCUACAGCGACAAGUUCAAUCGUACGAAGAAAGAGUUGAGGACCUUUCUGCUGAUCUCGAAGGGGCUCUCCAGGGUAAGCGACGUCUGCAAAAUGAGCUCGAAGAUUAUAGGAAUCAUAGAGCAUCGGAGAUUGAGGAUAAAGAAGCUUCUCUCGAGCAAACAAGGAAAAAGUAUCAGAGAGAGUUUGCAACAAUUACGAACGAGCUUGAGAUCGAGCGAGAAAACCUUCUUCAUGUUCGUGACGAGAAUUCCAGAUUGCGUGAAGAGUUGGAAGACUUGCGCAGCAAGUGGGAUAAUGAGGUGCUUAACAGCUCAACGUGGGCCAAGGAGAAGUCUCGCCUGGAAAUGACAUUGCAAGACGUCUCUUCCUCACGUGAUGAAGCCGUCAAAGCACACAAUGAUGCUCAAAGCAAGGUUGUGUCCUUAUUGUCACAGGUGCGAAAUCUGCGUACUUCUGUUGACGACAUCACUUCGGAACGAGAUUUCUUAGCCAAAGACAAGAGAGUACUGGAGUCCCGACUGAAGGAGGCUACUGACCGACUCGAAGAUCUGGCAAACGGCGAUAGCCCUUCAAUGAGGGAUGCGGCUGGUAUGGAUCGCGAGAUCCUUGAGCUCAAAUCAAAACUAGCUCAGCACGAAGAUGUCUCCGCCGCUGCAGUUGGAAAGAUGCGUCGAGCAGAAGCUCUUUCCGUUGAAAUGCAGAAAGAAUUAAUCGCCGAGAGAGAAGCAAACGCCACUCUUUUCAAGGACAAAGCAUCUCUAGAGAAGCAACUGAAGGAGGUUCAGCUUCGAUGUGUCGACUUGGAAACCAAGGGGUAUUCAUCAGCUUCUCAGGAUAUCAAAUUCCUACACAAACGAGUUAAGGAGCUUGAAAUCCAGCUGGAGGAACAAGAGUCCAAAUACAGUGCCGAGCAGCGCUCCACACGUAAUGUCGACCGCACAGUCAAGGAUUUGCAGUCACAGAUUGAACGGCGAGACAAGAUGAACGCACAGUUGACUGACGACAUCACCAAAUCUCGCGACAGGAUCGAGCGUCUCCUCCAAACAAUCGAUGAGCUUCAGUCGACUGAUUCUCAAAGUCAAUUGCAAGCCAAGCGGGCCGAGCGAGAAUUGCGUGAAGAGCGCGAGAAAGCUCUUCGACUCGAGAGAGAGCUAGAAGGGUGGAAGCAAUUGCGUAUCGAGAGAGGCAGCAUUGCUGGGAGAGCCAAUGGAUUGAGCGACGUUGCUAGUCGGCGUGGCAGUGGCGUAUACGUCGCUAAUGGCACAGUCGAAGUACCCCAACGAAAAUUCAGCAACACCAAAGGCUUCAUCUGA